AUGGCUCCUGCUCAUAGUGACCCGGACAUGCCUUCCUCGGAGCACAGCAUGGCAUUGAAGAGAAUUUCUCCCUCUCAGCAAGGCCUGACGCCCCCAGAUAGCCCCACGAAGGGGUCGGCUUCAGUUCAAUCUACCGUGAAGGAUCUGAAGCAUCUCUUUGGUGUGUUUCUUGAGAAGACGCUUUUCGAUCUUACCAACCAAGAACCUCCAAACACUCCUGUCUCCCAGGACCAGUUCCCACCUGGCCCUGACAUGGCUCGGCUGAAGCAACUGCUGGUGAAGCUCACCCGCGAUGAACGUGCUUCGGGUGAACUGUCUGUGGCAACUAAGCCUGCUCGGUCUUCUUCUGCCAGCAAUGAACAGGAAGAGAAUGUUCAGGCGGUAGACGAGAUUGAUCUCGAAAGUCCAAUCUGUACCACACCGGAUGAUUUCAAGUCGUUUGAGAAACGGGCAUCAAAAUCCCAUUUCAGAACAGUUAUGGAAACCUGGGACAAAGAAGCAUGUAAAUACACGAUCACCGAACCGGUGGAGACCAGCGGUGGUGUUGACGACUAUGCUGAAUAUGCAUUCGUUGUCCGUGAAUGUGUUGACCGGACGUCCAAGGAGAUAGUGUCAUUCAUAGACAUCAAGUCGGAAGGUCUACGCGACAUCCUGCGAGACGUGCUGCACGACAUCAAGGCUGUUAGCCUGAUGGAGGACAAGCCAUCGAUCGAGCAAAAUUUCCUUUUUCAUUUCCUCCCAGAGCUCGACAGAUGUGCGGAGAACAUGGAUAGCAGCUCGGACCAUGAGUCGGCACAUGCGAAGCAUCUUCUCUUGCUCAUCGACCACCUCAAGCAUGCACAUACUUCUACUUUGCAGCGUCUCGAAUCAAUGUUGCAGCACGGUCAUAUUACAUAUAACCUUCUUUGGGCGCUUUUCAAGCCUGGUUGCUAUGUUUAUACCACAUGCAUUGGCACAAAAGAGCCGCGAUGUGUCGUAUUCGACGCGGGCGAAGAGAAAGCCCAUAAAUGGGCCCGGACCCCCGGCCCAAAGCCCAACCCGCAGUGGGCUAUGGGUUGGGCCAGGCUUCGAGGGCCCAACCCACGGCCCACUGAUGGGGGCCCAUGA